AGCAAUGGAAAAAAAUGACAGUUUUUGGCAAUAAAUGAGAGAUUUUGGAAAUUUCGACAAAAGACAAGACUUCUUGCUAUUUUUGAUAGAAAAUGAGACUGAGAAUUUCGGAAAAAGGCAGCGUUUUUUUGACAAUCUUUGAUAAAGAAGUGGAAAUUUUUACCUAAGUACAUAUUAUGCAAAAAAAGCUAACAUUUUAGGCAUUUCGGUAAAAAACAAGAAUUAUUGUCAAUUUUGUGGCGGACAUGGUACAUAAAGUAAUUUUUUGUCAAAAAGCGAGACUUUCCAGCAAACUACACGUGGACAAAGAAUAAAAAUUUUAUAAUUUUUUGCAAAAAAUAAAAAAAAAUUAAAUUUUUUAAAGAAAAAAUAAGACUUAUUGUUCGAUAAAACAUGUAAUUAUACACCCACCACUUUUAUUCUGCAGUUAUUCUAAAAAAAUGAUCAUUUCUCACUGAAAAUUAAUUUUUCAUUUAUCGAAAACUUGCUAACUGAACUGUAAUCAUCCAACACACUUCCUGUAAAUGCAAAAUGAAAACUGAAUUUCAAAGUAUCUUAUCUUAUCACGCAAAUAUUUGAUCAAAAUAAAUCCAAAUCGAUGUCUUUCAAAUGCACUAUGAAAACUAUAAAUCUCAAUCGAAAGUCAACGCAUACCUACUGAAUUUAAAUACAGCUAUGGAUGUCAAGAUCGUGCAUUUUUUGACAGUGUUAUUCAUAUUUUACACAGUUACUUCAUCAGAUACAUCGCAGAUUAAAAAUAUCAAAGAAAAUUUGGAUGAAAUUGAUACCGAAAAUGGAUUUUAUGAGUACAGAAAUGCGACUAUUCCAUCCGAGGUUGAUAACGUGGUAACAAGAGGCGCAAAAAUGGACAUAUUCGUAAAAUAUCACAAAGUUCGUCUUUCAAUGCAGCUUUACGAUGACAUGUACGAAGUAAUUCAGCUGAAAGGAAAUACAAGCAGACAAAUUUAUAAAAUGAUGUAUAAUAUUAAAAUCUUGCUUCAUUCGAUAAGCAAAUCACUAGCGAAGGAAAACAAUCAGGAAACACUGGACGAUUUAUUACUUUCGUUGGAGAAUGAAGGGCUAAUAGAAGAGCUGAAAAAAUCGCUGAAUCAACUGAAAAACUUGAAAUCGAAAUUAUACGCAAUCAGUAAAGAUAUCACCGGAUCAUCAGCUGAUGAUGGUGCAUUGAACGCCCUAAGCCAAUUUUCACAUGAUGAUUCCAAAGAAAUGAGCUGGAAUGAAGAUGUAAAUGAUGAAGAACCGUUGCUGAAAUUGGAUAUUGAUCAGGAAUGUGACGAAUUGGAGAAACUUCGCAGAUUUUCCUUAAUGGUACAAGAUGAAUUGAAAGAAAUGCCAAGAUCGAAUAAUGGUAUCUCAGAAGAUAACAUGCAGUCGGAAUCCAAUUCACGAAACCCAUUACCCGAAAGUGCAACCGUACCACUCUGGCUUCUCCACGAAAGAGACAUCGAAGAGAUUCAACUCAGGUAUACAAUGUGGACGACAGUAUUCAAGCAGACCGAUAAAGAGACAGUGAAUAUACUGAAAAAAGAGGCAACGAAAAGAGGAUACCCAAUAGCACUAUUCUGCAAAAUGUUAGCAGAAUAUUACAAUUUUACCACUAAAUUAUUGGAGUGUGUGUCUCAAGAAGACUCCGAAUGCGAGAAAAUGGUAAUGAAAAUAAUGAAACACCAACAUCUUCAAGAUAUGGUUCACAUUUUGGCUGCAAUUGGACUAAUCGAUAACCAACAAGUCGGUGUGUUGACAGGGGACAAUUAGCACCCAAUGUACAUAUAUACGGACCUUGAGUACCUACCUCGAGUUACAGGGUUUCUAACAAUCAGAUUUCACCCUCGCCCAACCAGUAUCUCAUCUCUACAAAGACAAGAAGGAACCUAAAGAUUUGAGAAUAUUUUUCAGAUUUUACUCUACUCACCUCUAUAAAUUUGAGAGUGUUUCAGCCACCACGACAAAGUUGCCUUUUAAAGAAACGUGAAAUGAAAUGUACAGUAAGCGCCGCUUAAUAUGAUCGGGUUGGGACCGAGUGGUUGCUAUUCUAUUAACCGAAUUAUUCCAAUAAACGAAGAAUAAAAAAAAGAUGAUUUAUUGAACUAAAUGUUCAUAAUGGUACUUACUUAAAAACGUAUAAAAGGGUGGGAAAAUGCCGGCAAAAAGCAAGAAUGACAAUUUUGGCAAAAAGCAGAUUUUUAUUGGCAAAAACAUUGUACCUACUUUUAAUUACUGGGAAAGUAAUGACACUUCUUCAUAAUUUUUUUUCGAAAAAUGUGAGAAGUUUUUUGCAUUUUUUAAGUGAAAGAAUGACAUUUUUUUUGUUGCAAUUUUUGGCUAUUUCAAGGGAAAACAAGAACUAAAAAGAUGGAUUUUUUGAUAAUUUUUUGAAAAUGCAGAUCUUUGAACAAUUUUUAGAAAAAAAUGGGACUUGGAUUUUUUUUCAAAAAGCAGAAAAAUUUGACAAUUUUAGCAGAAAACAAGUUUUUUUUGCAAUAAUUGGCAGGAAACUACUUUUUUGCAAUUUUCGUUGAAAAUGGGAGAUUUUUUCCAAUUUUUCAGUUAAAAAACGAGACUUUUUGUUUGUUUGUUUGUUUGUUUUUUUGACAAAAAGUAUUCUUAUUUCAUUGAUUUUUGAAAAAUUUCCAAUUCCAUUAACCGACUUCAUUCACCUUCGAUUACCACAUAAAGCGAAAUUCUAUCAAUGUAAAAAGAUACAACCGUUCCGUCCCAAUGACUUUCCAUUCUAUUAAGCGAAUUAUUCUAAUAACCGCAAUGAUAAUAAGCGGCGCUUACUGUACUUGAAUUUGAUUUUUCUUUACUGUGGGCUGUAAAUUUUGAGACAGUCGUGAAUUUAUAAGCAAUUCUCAUUGAAUCUAUUGAAAAAUGCAGAAUUCUGACUACUGCUGUAAGACUUUUUUCCGUACACAGGAGUACAAUACGUCAUGAAGAACUUCCAUAAUUACACACCAUGUAUUCGUGCAAAAACCUUUUCGAAAACACAAUACUUUGGGCACGAUCGAUGAUUGCCAAUAUGAGACUUUUGCUCAACAAAACAUACGCGGUGGAAAACGCUGAGGGGAAAAAUACAUAACAAAUUUAUUCUGUAAUUAUUCUAGAAAAAUAAUAAUUUCUCAC